GGGUAAAGGCUCUGAGUCGGUAAAGGGGCUGCCUGGAGCGCGAACAGAUCGAUCUACUGCCGCCAGCCGCCUGGCCCUUCCGACUCGCCGCCCUACUCUCCGCCCGCCGCCGUCACCAAGGAAACGGGCUGCAAUUCCUCGCCGACCCCAAGCUGGUUUCAUGGCAGCCGCGAAUAAAGCAGUUUUGGGACCGUUGGUGGGAGCAGUGGACCAGGGCACCAGCUCGACGCGCUUUUUGGUUUUCAACUCAAAAACAGCUGAACUACUUAGUCAUCAUCAAGUAGAACUAAAACAAGAGUUUCCAAAAGAAGGAUGGGUGGAACAGGACCCUAAGGAAAUUCUGAAUUCUGUAUAUGAGUGUAUAGAGAAAACCUGUGAGAAACUUGGACAGCUCAAUAUUGAUAUUUCCAACAUAAAAGCUAUCGGUGUCAGUAACCAGAGGGAAACCACUGUGGUCUGGGACAAGUUAACUGGAGAGCCUCUCUACAAUGCCGUAGUGUGGCUUGACCUAAGAACCCAGUCUACCGUUGAGACUCUUAGUAAAAGAAUUCCCGGAAAUAAUAACUUUGUCAAGUCCAAGACAGGCCUUCCACUUAGCACUUAUUUCAGUGCAGUGAAACUUCGUUGGCUCCUUGACAAUGUGAGAAAAGUUCAAAAAGCAGUUGAAGAAGAGAGAGCUCUUUUUGGGACCGUUGAUUCAUGGCUUAUUUGGUGCUUGACAGGAGGAGCCAAUGGAGGUGUCCAUUGUACAGAUGUAACAAAUGCAAGCAGGACAAUGCUUUUCAACAUUCAUUCUUUGGAAUGGGAUAAAGAACUCUGCGAAUUUUUUGAAAUUCCAAUGAAAAUUCUUCCAAAUGUUCGGAGUUCUUCUGAGAUCUAUGGCCUAAUGAAAGCUGGGGCCUUGGAAGGUGUGCCAAUAUCUGGGUGUUUGGGUGACCAGUCUGCUGCAUUGGUGGGACAAAUGUGCUUCCAGGAUGGACAAGCCAAAAACACGUAUGGAACAGGCUGUUUCUUAUUAUGUAACACUGGCCGUAAGUGUGUAUUUUCUGAACAUGGCCUUCUGACUACCGUGGCUUACAAACUUGGCAGAGACAAACCAGUAUAUUAUGCAUUAGAAGGUUCGGUAGCUAUAGCUGGUGCUGUUGUUCGCUGGCUAAGAGACAAUCUUGGAAUUAUAAAGACCUCUGAGGAAAUUGAAAAACUUGCUAAAGAAGUAGGUACUUCUUAUGGCUGCUAUUUCGUCCCAGCGUUUUCAGGGCUGUAUGCACCAUAUUGGGAGCCUAGUGCAAGAGGGAUCAUCUGUGGGCUUACUCAGUUCACCAAUAGAUGCCAUAUUGCUUUUGCUGCAUUGGAAGCUGUUUGUUUCCAAACCCGAGAGAUUUUGGACGCCAUGAACCGUGACUGUGGAAUGCCACUCAGACACCUGCAGGUAGAUGGAGGGAUGACCAACAACAAAAUUCUCAUGCAGCUCCAAGCAGACAUUCUAUAUAUCCCAGUAGUGAAGCCCUCCAUGCCUGAAACAACUGCCCUGGGAGCUGCCAUGGCAGCAGGAGCUGCUGAAGGAGUUGGUGUUUGGAGUCUUGACCCUGAGGACUUGUCAGCUGUCACAGUGGAGCGGUUUGAACCUCAGAUCAACGCUGAGGAAAGUGAAAUCCGUUAUUCUACGUGGAAGAAAGCCGUGAUGAAGUCAAUGGGUUGGGUUACAACUCAGUCUUCAGAAAGUGACUAGAACUUAGAUCAAAGUUAAAUUGAGAAAGAUGUUUCAGGAAACGUGAAACUCAGCUGUUAGCACUUGAUCAGGCACACUCUGAAGAAUUAACCAACAGCCGAAGAACUAGUUUCUGGAAUGAUGAGCAUCUUACUCACUUUGUUAGAAAAGACUACACUGGUCCAUCUCAGCAUCCAGAAAAUACCCUGGUGAGGUCAGCAGUUGUUAUCAAUAGGGUCUUGCGGUCAAGGCUAACCAUGACCUACUGGUUCCACUCUCUGUUUCUGUUCCUCUCUACCUGGGUUAGUUGGUGGAGUCAAGUAUGAAAUCAUUCUCUGAACUCAAUAGUGAACACCUCAAUCUUUUGUUCUCCGGGUAAUCAGUAACAUGAGUAAAGCAUUUUUCUUCUGUAGUAAUGUGUUAGAAUUUUUUCAGUGUUUGUUUUGAAAUGCCGAAAGCUCAAUUCUUUGGUUUAUGGGUAUUUUGUAUCAUGUGGAAAUGAAGAGUGGUAGCUGUAUUUAGGAGGAACUACCAAAAAAAAAAGACGUCAUAGCACAGAAACUAACAGCAUUGGCAGUAGAG